AGAAGCUCGCUUACCUGGAAACAUAGAACAGCAGCAAUUUUUUAAGCAUCAAGAACAGCAGCAGUGGCAGCGACAACAAUGGCAGUAGCUUCUCUUCAGUGCUACCCUCUACUGAACUCACCGCCGAUAUCCUUUGUGUGUUCUCUCUCCGCAAGAACACCGGUGCAUACAAGGACAGGACAAGCCACGAGGAGCCGGCUGCGCCGAUUCUACUGUUCCCAGUCUACCGAAAGGCGGUCACCGGAAAAUUCACCACCGCAGAUGGAGCGCCUCUUCUCCAAUGUCAACCAGGCAACCAUGAAGCACGAGCCUGGGAGUGUCACUGGGUCCAUCUUGCUUGUGGCUGGCACAACGGUAGGGGCAGGCAUCCUUGCAAUCCCUGCUGUCACACAAGAAGCUGGAUUCUUGGCCUCAGCAGUUACAUGCAUUUUCUGCUGGAUGUAUAUGGUUGUAACAGGGUUGCUAGUUGCUGAAGUAAAUGUCAAUACAAUGUGUGAACUAGGAUCUGGAGGCGUUUCCCUGGUUUCGAUGGCCAAGCGUACUCUAGGGACCUUUGGAGUAAGAACAGCUUGCUUUUCAUAUUUGUUUAUACACUACGCACUUCUUGUCGCGUAUGUGGCACGCUCUUCAGAUAUAAUAACAAACUCACUGGGCAUUCCACUAUGGGAGAGUGCUACCCUGUUUUCACUAGCUUUUGGUGGGUUAUGUUACUUUGGAAGUCAGCGGGUCAUUGGUGCCGUGAAUGGUUUUUUGGUGUUCAGUAUUAUUGCGUCCUUCACAACUCUUGUGGUGGUGGCAAGUGGAAACAUAGAGUGGAGUUCUCUUCUUGAAACAAAUUUUGCUGCUGCUCCCCAAAGUAUACCAAUAAUUGCUCUUUCAUUCGUAUACCAGAAUGUAGUUCCUGUCCUUUGUACAAAUUUGGAGGGAGACCUGUCAAAAGUAAGAAAGGCUAUUGUAUUAGGUACUGCCAUACCCCUUGCUCUGUUUCUCAUAUGGGAUGCUGUCAUCCUGGGGACAAUUCCGGGGCUUGCAGGGAGUGAGACUAUUACUGAUCCACUACAACAACUUAGGUCAAGCAACGGUAUAGUGGGGCCUAUCGUUGAGGCAUUCUCAUUUCUUGCAAUAGGCACAUCAUACAUUGGAUUUGUUCUAGGACUCUCAGACUUCAUAGCAGACUUGCUCAAACUACCAAGUGGGCAGAACAAACCUUUGACAUAUCUUGUAACUUUGCUCCCUCCGCUUGUUCUGUCCCUGCUUGAUCCAGAGAUAUUUUUCAAGGCACUGGACUUUGCAGGAACUUAUGGAGUUCUAGUACUCUUUGGAGUUUUUCCUGCAGCCAUGUCUUGGUCAGAGAGAUACUCAGAUGAACUGGAAGCUCCUAUAUCCCCUAUAGUUCCAGGAGGAAAAGUUACCCUCUCAUUUGUUAUGGGGGGUGCCUUGCUUGUAAUUGUUUCAGAGAUCUUCAAAGACAUACUGCACUUACAAGGACUACAUUGA